UGAUGAAGCUGCUUUCUAAAAAAGCACCAACUAUCAUCGAGCUCAACGUCCCUGGUAACAACGCUGUUCGAAUUUCCCUCGGAGGCAGCCCUCCUUUUCGUCCGACCAACAACUCGACACUUCACCACAACUUCGCGCAAGAGUACAACCCCACAGGAUCUCCAACAUUCCUGCAAGAGCAUCUCGACUUCCCUUCUUAUCCAUCCCCAUACGACCAUCUUCCAUCAAGUAUGCGAGACCAAGCCUUCGACAUGGCCCGCAAGCCCCGCCCAUACCUGCCCAGCAGUCAUCCCAAGAUGAUGAGACUAGCGAGACAAAACAUGGGUUUUGGACCACAACAGUAUAUUGAUCCCACAGGCGGCGGUAUGCCCGGCAUGGAUAGAUUCAGGUCAUUCGGCGCAGGACCUAUAGGAUCUGAGCUCGGAAAUAUCCCAGAGUACGACGAAGACGACGUGGGUAGCAGUCUCAUCGCGGCGAUGGGUGGCGGUAGAGGAGGCGGUGGCGGCAAUGGUGACAUGUCCUAUAACUACAGAUUUCCCAAUUACGGAUUCGGGCCCAAUGGAGGGGGGUUGGGAGGAGCAGGGCUCGGAGCAAUGCCAUCUCGCAACAUGCCACAUUUUCAAAGCCCAUCUUCACGAAUGCAAAGAGCUACACCGUACCGUCCACAGGGUCUUCACGAAAUCCCCAUGGGUGCAUACACGGCUGUCCCUGACAUUGCUGACAUCGGGGGUGCAGGUGCAGGUGCAGGCCCUCACGACACGCAGCAUGCUGGCCCCCGCCGCACAGGUAGCACUAUCAUCAGCGAAGUUGCUCCACCUUCUCUUCCUCCCGUCUCUCGCGGCAUCAAUAGAACGCAGCCUCCGCAUAAGAAAGCAGGGCCUUCUGGUAAUGAGUGGAUUGAAGGUGCUAACCCUUUCCUCGACGCUUGUGUAUGUACAACGAACUGCACGUGUCGGAAAGGCCAGCGCGUGCUCUAUCGCGCGCAGGCGCAGGAUGGGGGCGGGCAGCAGGGGUUUGGCGAGAUUAGGUAUGUGCUGAGGGAUAGCAUUGGGAAAGACUGUGGGGAUCAUUCGGGGUGUGUUAGUAAAGAGGAUGUGAAACGGAGGGAGGAGGGGAGGAGGAAAGAGAAAGAUAAGGCUAAGAAAGAAAAGAAGAAGAAGAAAGGGAAGCGGAAGAAGAGGAAGAGUCGGGGACGAAGAGAUAAAUAUAGAGAUGGUACUGAAGAUGGGGAGAGAAGUGGUGGUUGGAGUCAGAGCAGCGAGGAUGGUAGUGACAGUGACGACGAUUCUGAAGACGAGACGUUGAAAACGUUAAAGAAGGUGCAGAGACAGCUUGGAGAAUUGAAGCUUCAGAGUCGGAAUCAUGCGACCACGUCAUGUGCGAGUGGUUCUCAGCAGCAUCACCAACAACGACAAUAUCAUCAGCAAAACUUUCAACCUUUUCAGCAACUACAUCCAAACCAACAGAUACAGUCAAGACCCGUAUUCCCAACAAGCUACAUACCUCAAGGAAACGGCAUCCCACUCCCAGUGAACACCACCAACAACCCAUACACAACAUCCAUCCCCAUGGCACCACAAAACCCAAACAUACCAACAAUGAUGACCAACAGACCUUAUCCCCAACAAUCCUACCAACCCCCAAAUCCAUUAAGAACAACAAACCCUAACUACCCUUCCUUCAUCCCGUCCAUCAACGAAGACCUCUACGACGAAGACGUACUCAACAACGGCUCCGUAUCCCUCUCCCACGUCCCACAAAACAUCAACAUCAUGAACACCACCACCCGCGACCCAGCAAAUGCAGCAACACUGCACUCUCUCCACGGUAAUAGACAACUACCGAAUCGACGAGGCCCAGCCGGUGGUGCCAUGUUCCCUGCGCCUACACGUAGACUACGAGGUAGAGCGCCGCAUGGUAGGAGAGCGUUCCCGGGUGGGGUCGGUGGAGCCGAGUUUCUGGAUCGCGGGAUUCUGCCGCGAGGUUUCAAUCUGAGGGAGCGGGGGAGAGGUCGUGGGGGCCCUCUUAGAGGAGGAGGUGGUGGUGGGGGCAUGAUGCGGCCGCGACGACAUCCCGUUGAAUUCGAGGAAGAUAUUGAUGGAGUAGAAUUUGACCAUUUCAACAACGCUAACGGUCGGAGAGGAGGGGACCGGGAUUUCCCACUUGGCGAUAUGAUGGAGCAUGAGGAGGAGGAGGAGCGGAUGUGGGGGGAAGACGAUGAUGACGGUGAGUGAAAUUAUACUUCGAGAUUGAAGGAAGUCCCUGAUAUGUCCCCCCCGCGUUUCACUGUUAAAGUAGUCCUUAAGGCACACAUCCCGGCCAGAGUAGAAUGUUCCUAGAUUCUUCACGGACGAGGGGCGGGGAUAAUAACGGUGGGAGAUCUGGCGUGGAUAGAUCUUCGUUUCCUCAGAAUGGUAGCGGGGGAUCGGGGGGCCGUGGAGGUAGAGGCGGCAGGGGCCGCCAGGCUCGUGUUGAGGACGACGAGGACGAGGACGCGUAGCGAGAUAUAAGUUCGAGUGUUU